AUGAGGGCGUUGAGCCUUGCGAUAUUUGCAUUGUCCCUGCCAGGUAGUUGCGCGGCAGAGGAGCCUACCUGCAAUGGGGUCGACGCGGAAGAGGCUUCCCUUCUUCAGAGCAGGCAGCGCGUCCGUCAGCUGCCUGACGAUUCUACCACCAGCGGCGCUGACGGUUCCAUCGGUGACGAGUUCGGGCAGGCCAUGAACGACCUGGGCGACUUGAAGGAUGUGCCACCGCAAACGAUCAGCAGUGUCGGAAGCAGCAUCAGGCAGGCGAUGCAGGACUGGAAGAACGCGCAGUCGGAGCAGAAGAAGUGGGACGAGGAGAACGACAAGCUCAAGAAGAUUGAGCAAUCGGUCGAGGACAUGCCCACGCCCGCGGAUGCAUCGCUCUUGAAGAGCAGGCAGCGCGUCCGUCAGCUGCCUGACGAUUCUACCACCAGCGGCGCUGACGGUUCCAUCGGUGACGAGUUCGGGCAGGCCAUGAGCGACCUGGGUGACUUGAAGGAUGUGCCACCGCAAACGAUCAGCAGUGUCGGAAGCAGCAUCAAGCAGGCGAUGCAGGACUGGAAGAACGCGCAGUCGGAGCAGAAGAAGUGGGAUGAGGAGAACGACAAGCUCAAGAAGAUUGAGCAGUCGGUCGAGGACAUGCCUACGCCCGUGGACGCGUCGCUCUUGAAGAGCAGGCAGCGCGUCCGUCAGCUGCCUGACGAUUCUACCACCAGCGGCGCUGACGGUUCCAUAGGUGACGAGUUCGGGCAGGCCAUGAACGACCUGGGUGACUUGAAGGAUGUGCCACCGCAAACGAUCAGCAGUGUCGGAAGCAGCAUCAAGCAGGCGAUGCAGGACUGGAAGAACGCGCAGUCGGAGCAGAAGAAGUGGGAUGAGGAGAACGACAAGCUCAAGAAGAUUGAGCAGUCGGUCGAGGACAUGCCCACGCCCGUGGACGCGUCGCUCUUGAAGAGCAGGCAGCGCGUCCGUCAGCUGCCUGACGAUUCUACCACCAGCGGCGCUGACGGUUCCAUCGGUGACGAGUUCGGGCAGGCCAUGAGCGACCUGGGCGACUUGAAGGAUGUGCCACCGCAAACGAUCAGCAGUGUCGGAAGCAGCAUCAGGCAGGCGAUGCAGGACUGGAAGAACGCGCAGUCGGAGCAGAAGAAGUGGGAGGAGGAGAACGACAAGCUCAAGAAGAUUGAGCAGUCGGUCGAGGACAUGCCCACGCCCGCGGACGCGUGA